AUGGAUGAGCAUCUUAUUUCUACGAUUAAUAAAUUGCAGGAUGCACUAGCGCCCCUAGGCGGUGGCUCUCAAUCUCCAAUUGAUUUACCACAGAUUAUGGUGGUUGGUUCACAGUCCAGUGGUAAAUCAUCAGUUUUAGAAAAUAUUGUUGGUAGAGAUUUUUUGCCCAGAGGAACAGGUAUUGUUACUAGAAGACCAUUGGUUCUGCAAUUGAUCAAUAGAAGACAGAAGAAAGACAGCAAUGUAUCGAAAGAUCUAUCUGAUCUGAAAAUCGGCAGCGAAGAUGAUUCCAAGAAGGCAGAUACUGGUGGACAAUCUGAAGAUAAUGUGGAAGAAUGGGGGGAAUUUUUACAUGUUCCAGGCAAGAAAUUCUUCAAUUUUGAUGAAAUUAGACAAGAAAUCGUUCGUGAAACUGACAAGGUAACUGGUGGUAACCUAGGUAUUUCUUCAGUGCCCAUUAACCUAAGAAUUUACUCGCCUUAUGUGCUCACAUUGACCCUUGUCGACUUACCAGGUCUUACCAAAGUGCCCGUCGGUGACCAACCACCAGAUAUUGAAAAGCGAAUCAAGGAUAUGUUGUUAAAAUAUAUUUCCAAACCAAAUGCCAUUAUCUUGUCUGUUAAUGCUGCAAACACAGAUUUAGCUAAUAGUGAUGGGUUGAAAUUGGCAAGAGAAGUUGAUCCUGAAGGUACCAGAACCAUUGGUGUUUUGACUAAGGUUGAUUUAAUGGAUCAGGGUACUGAUGUUAUUGACAUCUUAGCAGGUAGAAUUAUUCCAUUGAGAUAUGGGUACAUUCCUGUUAUUAACAGAGGUCAAAAGGAUAUUGAGAAGAAAAAAACCAUUAGAGAUGCGCUUUCUGAUGAGAAGGCAUAUUUUGAAAACCAUCCAUCCUACGGUUCUAAAGCUCAUUACUGUGGUACACCAUAUUUGGCUAAGAAGUUGAACUCUAUUCUUUUACAUCACAUUAGACAAACCUUACCCGAGAUUAAGGCAAAGAUCGAGGCUACUUUGAAAAAAUAUCAAACUGAACUGUACAAUCUAGGUCCAGAAACAAUGGAUUCUUCAAGCUCUGUGGUUUUAAGUACCAUUACAGAUUUUACCAACGAAUAUGCAGGCAUCUUAAACGGUGAAGCUAGAGAACUUUCGAGUCAAGAAUUAUCUGGUGGUGCGAGAGUUUCAUUUGUUUUCCACGAAGUCUUUAAAAAUGGUAUUGACGCUCUCGAUCCAUUUGAUCAAAUCAAAGAUUCUGACAUCAGAACUAUAAUGUACAAUAGCUCCGGUUCUGCACCUUCGUUAUUCGUUGGAACUGAGGCAUUCGAAGUUCUUGUAAAGCAACAGAUUAGAAGAUUUGAAGAACCUUCCUUGCGUUUGGUUGGUUUAGUCUUCGACGAAUUGGUCCGUAUGCUGAAACAAAUCAUUUCCCAAUCCAAAUAUUCUAGAUAUCCCUCCUUAAGAGAAGCCAUUUCCAACCAGUUCGUUGAAUUCUUAAAGGAUGCCAUCAUUCCAACGAAUAAAUUUGUCGCCGACAUUAUAAGUGCCGAACAGACUUAUAUCAACACUGCACAUCCCGAUUUAUUAAAGGGUUCACAGGCGAUGGCUAUGGUAGAGGAAAAACUUCAUCCACGUCAAGUGGCGGUAGACCCAAAGACCGGUAAACCAUUGCCCCCAAGUCAAUCAGCAGCAGCAGCAGCAACCGCUCAAAAACCUGCAUUUGAAGAAAAAUCAGGAUUUUUCGGUGGAUUCUUCUCCACUAAAAACAAGAAGAAGCUUGCCGCUCUAGAGUCACCACCACCAGUCCUAAAGGCCACUGGACAAAUGACUGAAAGAGAAACUAUGGAAACCGAAGUCAUUAAGCUAUUGAUCAGCAGUUAUUUCAAUAUUGUUAAGAGAACCAUUGCCGACAUUAUUCCAAAGGCUUUGAUGUUAAAAUUAAUUGUGAAGAGUAAGACAGAUAUCCAAAAGGUUCUUUUGGAAAAGCUUUAUGGUAACCAAGAUAUUGAGGAAUUGACGAAGGAAAACGAUAUUACUAUUCAAAGAAGAAAGGAAUGUAAGAAGAUGGUUGAAAUUCUAAGACAUGCAAGUGAUAUAGUUUCUUCUGUCUAA